CAUCAUUUCAGGAUGGGUAGUGGAAUCUCGAAAAAGAAAUCUAACAUCAUAUGUGUUGGACUUGAUAACAGUGGGAAAUCUACAAUUCUGAACAAGUUAAAAUCAGACAAAGAGCAAUCACAUGACAUUGUGCCUACUGUUGGAUUUUCAGUUGAAAGCUUUUCAGCUUCCUCUAUCAAUUUCACUGUUUUCGAUAUGUCAGGUCAAGGGAAGUACAGGAAUCUUUGGGAGGCCCAUUACAACGAUGUUGAUGGUGUCAUAAUGGUUGUAGACAGUAGUGACAAACUGAGAAUUGUCGUUGCUAAGGAAGAACUUGAAAAUUUCUUGCAACACAAUGAUAUAAAGAAUAAAGGCAUACCAAUUCUUGUUUACAGCAACAAGAUGGAUGUGAGAGAUUCCCUGUCUCCUUCACAAGUUUCCUUGAAGCUGGAGCUGGAUCAAAUAAGAAAUAAACCUUGGCAGAUAUUUGGGAGUAAUGCACUGACUGGAGAAAAUUUAGGAGAAGGAGUCAACUGGUUAGCUGCACAAAUACGUCAAUAUAGACUGAAACGACAAUGAAAGUUAUUGAAAGCUUUUCCUUCGGAAUGCAUUCAACAACCAAACUUAAAUAUUCAGUCUUUCCAAAUCUUCCUCUUGUAAAUAUCCUUGUUACAUUUUUCAUGGUAUCAAAUCACAACUUCUGCCUAUGAUUCGAUAUGCAAUAUAGUUCUGUGUUAUCAUUUCAAACCUUUCUCACAUUUUUAAAUCAUGGGUUGUGAAUUUGUGAUUAAGUCAAUUAAUAGAUUUAGCUAGUGAUGCAAUUAUUUCUGCCCUGAAGUAUACUCUGUAAAAUUAUUUUAUUCUAUAAUCAGUAAAAUCAUUAUAUUCUUGUUAAUUGUAUAAAAUGUACAGUAAGUGAUUCUUAGUGUGCAGCUAUGAUAAGACAACCAUGAAAGUGUUAAUAAUAUAACAAAGAUUAUUAUAAUUAUGUAACAUGUUUGUGUUUAGAUUGUCAGAUAAUUGAUUAUAGUUACAUGCAUUAAUUUAUUUCAUUG